AUGUGGUCGGUGUGUCUGCCCGGCUGGGGAGCGGCGAUGGUCGCCAGCAUGCUCCUGCUGUACGGAACCCUGGACAUAGCUUACUUCGCACGAAUGAUGUAUACAGUUGCCCGGGCGCGUUACUUCAGGAAAAAGGCUUGCAUCUUGGAGACUACCGAAGUGCAAUCGUGGUGUCUCCUCAACGACAUAGACACGCUUCUCUACCAUAUGAACAACGCCCGGUAUCUCCGCGAGCUGGACUUCGCUCGGGCGGAUUUCUACGAGCGGACGGGGCUGUAUGCCAAUAUCAAAGCGGCGGGCGGUGCGGUAGUGCAGGCUGCAGCGACCAUACGCUACAGGCGAUACCUGAAACCUUUCACUCGCUUUAAGAUUACGUCGAGGGCGGUGUACUGGGACGAGAAGACGGUGUUCAUGGAGCACGAGUUUGUGGGCCCCGGCGGGUUCGUGCACGCGGUGGCGGUGUGCCGGCAGCGGGUCAUCGACACGUCGGCCGCUGCCAUCGCCGAGCUGCUGCUGCAGUUGCACUGCGCAGGCGCCUGCAGCCCGCCGCCCGCCAAGAUGCCGCCCGAGUUGGAGCUCUGGGUUCAGAGUAAUGAGCUGAGCUCUGCUAAGCUCCGAGCCCCUCUAGCAUCUCAGUCCAUUCUGCAGUCCACGCAUCCGCUUAGCUGCGGCGAAAUGGUCCCCACCCUAACCACUGAAUGA